GCCUCUGGGGACACAGAAGAUGGAACAGAGCUAGAGUGCAGGGCUCAGAGAAGCACACUGGGGCACAGGGAGCAGAGCCACCAUUCCAGGCAGGAAAGCAGCCCAGCUGGAGCGAUGGGUGCAGGGCCGGGGCAGGAGAGGCAGCGGGAUUCGCCUUCCUGAGGGAACAUGGUCAACUUUGACCAUUUUCAGAUUCUGCGGGCCAUUGGUAAAGGGAGUUUUGGAAAGGUGUGCAUCGUGCAGAAGCGCGACACGAAGAAGAUGUACGCCAUGAAGUACAUGAACAAGCAGAAGUGCAUCGAGCGCGACGAAGUGCGCAACGUGUUCCGGGAGCUGCAGAUCAUGCAGGGGCUGGAGCACCCGUUCCUGGUCAACCUGUGGUACUCCUUCCAGGACGAGGAGGACAUGUUCAUGGUGGUGGACCUGCUGCUGGGCGGGGACCUUCGCUACCACCUGCAGCAGAACGUGCACUUCACAGAGGGCGCUGUGAAGCUCUACAUCUGCGAGCUGGCGCUGGCCCUGGAGUACCUGCAGAAGUACCACAUCAUCCACAGGGACAUCAAGCCGGACAACAUCCUGCUGGACGAGCACGGACACGUUCACAUCACGGACUUCAACAUAGCGACCGUCGUCAGAGGAGCAGAAAAGGCCUCCUCCAUGGCUGGGACCAAGCCUUACAUGGCCCCAGAAGUCUUCCAGGUGUACGUGGAUGGAGGCCCUGGGUACUCGUACCCCGUCGACUGGUGGUCGCUGGGCAUCACGGCCUAUGAGCUGCUGCGGGGCUGGAGGCCCUAUGAAAUCCACUCGUCUACGCCCACCGAUGAGACCCUCAACAUGUUCAAGGUGGAGCGGGUCCACUACUCCUCCACGUGGUGCGCUGGCAUGGUGGCCCUGCUGAAGAAGCUCCUGACCAAGGACCCCGAGAGCCGCCUGUCCAGCCUCAGUGACAUUCAGAGUGUGCCCUACUUGGCCGACAUGAACUGGGAUGCUGUGUUCGAGAAGGCGCUGAUGCCUGGCUUUGUGCCCAAUAAAGGCAGACUGAACUGUGACCCCACGUUUGAACUCGAGGAAAUGAUUCUAGAAUCCAAGCCACUUCACAAAAAGAAGAAGAGGUUGGCAAAGCACAGGUCCAAAGAUGGCACAAAGGACACCUGUCCCCUGAAUGGGCACCUGCAGCAGUGUCUGGAGACGGUGAGGAAGGAAUUCAUCAUCUUCAACAGAGAGAAGCUCAGGAGGCAGCAGGGACACAGUGGGCAGUUCCUGGACCCUGAAGACCGAGCUGGGAGCCAGGCCCAGAGCAAGCUCCAAGAUGGCUGCAACAACAACAUCCUGGCCCACACCUGCCCCCAGGGCUGCAACAGCUAAGCCUCCACAUGCAGCUUCCCAGGAGAUAGCAGGCCUCUCUGCCCUGCCCACCCAGAACCCUCCUCUGUGCUAUGAUGGUCCCCAUCUCCCCCUAAAAACCUCAGAUGCAGAAAGAGCCCUGGACUUGGAGCUGGGAAGCCUGGGUUCAGGUCCCAGCUGAUUUGCUCUGUGACCGCGGACAAGUCACAUCCUAUCUGUGCCUCAGUUUUCUGCAUCUGCCAAGGAGCUUAAACAGCUCUCUUCCCCACCUCCAGUUACAAGAUUAUUGUGAGAAUCUAGUUGGAUAGAAGAUAUGCAAACUCUCGGGCAUUUAUAAAAUUGUUUGUACUUGCAAAAUAGAAUCCUAAUAAUGAAUGCACUCCCGUCCCCCAACACAAUGAGCCCAUCUGCACUUCGAAGUUUGGCCCUAGCUUGCUAGAUGGUACUUUGGAAAUCUACAGCCCCAAGGGCAUCUUAAUUAUUCACAUGUCUGCCCUCCCACAAACACUGCUCCCAAAUCCUGGAGCAGCCCUGGUGUGACUUCAUUUGUAUUCUUUGCUGGCACAGACUCUCAGGCAAUUGCAGAGAGUGCAGCACGUAGAGCAGCCGGACUCCCAGGUGUGGUCUUCCCUGGAUCCACAAGGAUGCCCCACCUAUGAGUGUCAGCAGUCCCCCACCCCUGUGCCCCCCCCGGGUCUGGGAUGCCACACUAGUGCCCUUUCAGAUGAGAAUUGCCUCACUGGUCUGCGGUUACUCCCACAGUGUCCUCUGAGCUCCCCCAAAGCUCAGCCCUGCAGCAGGACCCCCUUCCCAGAAUGCCAGUCAUCUAGACAGCCUGCAAGAGAACCAGACUAUCUGAUGAGCAAUGAUGGGAACAGCUUCCUUUUAGUAACUUAGGAAGCAUGGGUGUUUAGAAAGUCUGUUCUGGAAGGAAAGUGGCUUUAGUCAAAGGCCAGCUACUUUAUGAUAAGGUCAGGGACAACUCGCCCUUGAACUGAAAGACACUGAGGCUGAAAAGGUAAAGCAGGGCUUUGCAAUCAGACUCAUGAGCAGAAUCCAGUCCUGCUGCUGACCUGCUGGAAGAUCUUAGGCAAGUCACGUGAUCAUGCAAAUGUCACAUGAUCACAUAGGAGACCAGUAACUCAUUUUAAAAUCAGUAUAAAAAUGGGGCCUGGGCAUGGAGGCACACACCUGUAAUCCCAGCACUUGGGAGGCUGAGGUAGGAGGAUUUUGAGUUCAGGACAGCCUAAACCACUUGACAAGACUCUAUCACAAAAAAAGAAAAAAACUAAAAUAAAAUGUGGUUCCAUAAGAUCUUCCUGUAUGUAGCACACUCAAAAAGUAAAUGACUCCUCGAUUUGCAGGCAUUUGCCAUCAGGAUCUUCAUGGUCUUCCUCUUCAUCACUGUUUGGAGUCACUGUAUUUCACAGACCAGGUGUGGCAGUUUUCUGGUAAACAAGCCUCACUCUUGUUUCCAAUUCCUUUUGUCUUUCUUCCUGCAGCCACUGAUGUCUGCACACCCCUGCUGAGUUACUGUGAUUUUACUUUUUCAUCCAGUCUCCACUUUCUACUUUUUAACAUGACAGAUCAAUCCUUGAGGCUGUGUCCUCUCAUAUUUCUUAAGAGACGUUUUAAUGUAUGAUGCAGUUUUAAAAGGCAGUCACCAUUUCCCCUUCACAAUGAGGCUAUUUCUGGGUUGUGUUGACCACAUCCGUCUGUGUCCUGCAACAAGUUUGGUCUCCUGUCCCCAUGGGCACUGUCCUGCCCCCUCGAGCAAAUAACAGCGGUCUCUUCACUGUGACCUGGAAGAGUUCAGAUUCUGUGCUUGGCUGUGCUGGUGAGUGGGGGCAGGAGCCAGAAGCAGCCCUGGCGGCACCAGGUGUCCUAGCUCUGUCCAUGUGGCGUUCUUUGUUGAAAAUAAACUAUUUCUCAGACA